AAAGAAAUUUCACUCACACUGCCCUUCGUUCGUUCGUUUCGUACUCGCGCUCGUCGCUAGCUGCGUGCGUGUGGCUUCUUUGUCAGAAAAGCGCUUUGGGCCGCGCUGCAAUUUCUAGAAUGCAACAAAUGUCCACCAAGAAGCAGUUGUUGAGGAGAUUUUGUGUUUAUUAUUGCGUGCUUUAAUCGAGCAAACUGGUGUGCCCUGUGUGCGUGCGUGUGUGUAUGCGCUACCGUUGCCAACAGUGACGACGUAGUUGGCCGUGCGUGUGUUCCCAAGAUUGGACUGAAGGUAGUGCCACCAUCAUCAUCAUCACCACCACCACCGAAACUUUCCUGUGGGGUAGGGUGUAGGGUGUAGGGUCUUCAGAGGGUGACACAAUCGCCCCCGUGGCUCUGGUACGGAAAAGAAAAACCGUCUCCUUCCGUGGCCUCUUGUGUGUCUCGCUGCGGAAGAGCUGCUGCAUAAGUAGGCCAAUGUUAUCUCCCACCACCGGGGGCACUGCGAACAAGCGAUAACAUAACGGAGGAAAAAUGCUGGACGCAUAUGUUGGGUACGAUCUGAGCAUUGCCACCGAACCGGACGACAUCCCGAAAACGAACGACACGGUGUGGAUACUGGGCAAGCAAUACAAUGCCUCCGAUGAUCUCGAAGCAAUAAGACAGGAUGUGCAGUCCCGGUUGUGGUGCACCUAUCGCCGCGGGUUCGUCCCGAUCGGCAACACGCAGCUCACGACGGACAAGGGCUGGGGCUGCAUGUUGCGCUGCGGGCAGAUGGUGCUGGCCCAGGCCCUGCUACAGCUGCACCUGGGCCGGGACUGGGUGUGGGAGGCGGAAACGCGCGACGACAUCUAUCUGAACAUCGUCAAUCGGUUCGAGGACAGCAAGCAGGCCCCGUUCUCGCUGCACCAGAUCGCACUGAUGGGCGACUCUUCGGAGGAAAAGCGGAUUGGCGAGUGGUUCGGGCCGAACACGGUCGCGCAGGUGUUGAAGAAAUUGGUAAAAUUUGAUGAUUGGUGCCGGCUGGUCAUUCAUGUAGCUUUGGACAAUACGGUGGCAACGGACGAAAUAGUGGAACUGUGCGUGGAUAAGAAAGAACCGGAAGCAUGGAAGCCGCUACUGCUCAUCAUCCCCCUCCGGCUGGGGCUGAGCGAGGUGAACCCGAUCUACAUCGAGGGGCUGAAGAAAUGUUUCCAGCUGCCGGGCAGUUGCGGCAUGAUCGGCGGCCGCCCCAACCAGGCCCUCUACUUCAUCGGGUACGUGGGCGGGGAAGCCCUCUACCUGGAUCCGCACACGGUUCAGCGGGUGGGCACGGUCGGCAGCAAGCAGGACCCGGCCGAACAGGAGCUGGACGAAACGUUCCACCAGCGGUACGCUAGCCGGAUCAGCUUCACCUCGAUGGAUCCGUCGCUGGCGGUGUGCUUUCUGUGCGUCAGCCGGCAGCAGUUCGACCAGCUGGUGGCACGGUUUAACGACAGCGUGAACGGUGGCACGAGCCAGGCGCUGUUCGAGGUUACCAAGACGCGCCAGGCACCGUGGACACCGACGACGGCUUCGUCCGCCUCGUCGCGGAAAAACAGUGGACCAACCGAGGCCUUCAAUGUGAUAUCGGCGACGGAGAUUCCGAACGAAGAAUUUGAAGAGGUAGAACCACGCACGUUGGAUGAUUCGGAUGAGGAGUUUGAAAUUAUAGCCUAGCGGCCUCCGGACUGCACACUACAGCACGAUCUGUACGGUUGAGGAAAUCUAACACAAAAACUGCUUCUGUAUCAGCUUUUUCCCCCACCCUGGUCCCCUCGAACACAGUAGGCUCUGAUCUGAAGGAAAUGGAGGAAUUCUGCUGAAGCGCUUCGCCUGUACGCCUUGUCACCGUGCAUUCUCUCCAGCGUGUCACUCGAGACGAUUUUUUCUAUAAAGCGAUGUCUAAAGUGCUCCCAAAAAGCAGCGUUCAAAAAGAUUAGAAUAAGAAUAAGUGCAAAUCGAAUCGAACUGUGGCCACAACAAGGUGAGGUUUUGUCGUUAGUUACGCUUUCUUUUUUUUAAUUUCAAUUCGCGUUCUCUCUAUGUGGUAAAAGAAAAGGAUUUUAGUAUGGUUGCAAACAACAAAACCAGCAAUAACUGAAGGCACUGCAACGAAAGGAACGUUCUUUCGAAAGGGAAUUUAAAGGCAAAAACACUGAAUAAAUCGCGUUACCGCUGUUUGGUUCCGCCGCGCCGGCUUCGUA